ACUGUAAAAUAAUGGUUUAAAGUUCGAUGCAAAAUCUCAUGGAAAAAUGUCUUCCGUCUUAUGUUAACCUUUUCAGCACUUACAGUGUAAAUCAAAAUGACAUUUCAUUUGUAAAUUUUGAUAUAUCUAAUCAUGAAUUUAUUCAAAAUAUUAUUCACGACACGAAAAAGCAGAUAUAAGAAAACCAAGACUUUUUUUGGAUUCGUUUAUGGCUUGCUAUUGGGUUUGGGCUUUUAUUACCUUAUUUUGACCGACUUGAACUUCGUACCCUCCAGUGCAAUCAUAUGUGGAAUUGUGAUAAGCUUAAUGUUGGCCUUUGGAAUUGCAUUAUCUUCCCAAAUUCGUUGCAUUAUUUUUCUAUCCCUUCCAGUAUUUGCUGGGGAAAGUGGAAAAGGUGUACAGUACGCUUUGAUACUAUUCAUGGUUAUUGCAGGUCCUCUAGAAAAUUUGACCAAUAAUGGCAAAGAAGUGGUCAGAGUUUUCGCUUGUUCGGCAUCAUUAACUUUUAAUUUAACAAAAACAAGGUUUGAGCUGAUGUUCAAACCUUUCACUCAAGCUUUGUUCGGCAUGAAAACUGAAGUGAAUGAAGUAAAAGAUACCUUAAGAAACGUGAAAGACUUAUCUGCUCCUAUCACUGGUGAAAUAGAAGGUGACAAAGAAAUGAAAAAGCUCAAAGAGAACAAUGAUUAUCUCGAUUCUCUACAAGGAGACACGAAAAGAACUGCAGAUAUAGAUCAUAAAUAUUUAACUAAAGGUGAGCAGAUAGAAGCGGCCAAAUAUGAACAGAAAUAUCUGGAAAAAGUGGAAUUACGAUGCAACCAACAGUUUUCAACAGCUGCAUUGAGAUGCAGAAAUAUGUUUCAAUCGACUUACGAUAAGUGCUACGAUGCAGUCACUUGGGCAGCUGCGUGGCUCCUUUGUUGGCCGAUGAAAUUAGAUUUUGUGUGUAAUAUUGCUCAAGCUUUAGGUGGAAGUAGUCGAUGUGACCCUUCAAGUGAAAUAGAUCCUGGAUUGGGAGAAGGUUACGAGUAUCUGAAGAAAUCCAGAGUUUCUCUCACUCAUAACUUCAAGAAUGUCAAAUUACAAUACAAAUUGUCAAAAGUACGCCACUUGAUCAAUCUGCAGGAUUCUGCAGACACUGCCAAAGCAAUUCAACAUGAUGUUGAUGAGAAAAAGAAAAUAAUAGAGAAGAUAUUCAUAUCGAUGAAGAGAAUUUUAGCAUUUGCUCUUCUCUACAUCAUUGUGAAAAGUCAGAAUUAUCAUGACGAAUACCUACGCAACAUCGAGUACGAUAAUGUUUACAUAACGAAAUAUUUUCGUAAAAUUGAUGCUAGGAGAAAAACUUCUGGAAAAACAGUAUUGUUUCCUUUGAAAAAAUUCGAGAGGACCAAAAUUGUCGAUUUGUGGAGUAGAAGAUACUUGAAAAGUGAGAAAAAACACUUGAUGAUGCAAUUAUUCAUUUUGAUACUAGAAAUAAUAUUCAUUUCGACAUUCAUUUUGAUAGAUCGUUUAUUUUAUGAAGCCUUAAAUUUAGUUAGAAGACAUGCUAAAAUUCAGUACACACAAGUUGGACAUCAUGACUUGCUGCUAGAAAUCAAAGGCACAGGUAUGAUAGCUUCAUUAUUGAGAUCUAUUGUGAAAGGAUUCAACAUCAAGAAAAGAAUAAAAAUCACUCGAAGUAAUGAAAUGUGCCUUCCAAGUCCAACAUUGAUGAACAACAUAUAUUUCUUACAGAUUUAUGGCAUAUUUUUCCUAAUGGGGGUUAUGAUUUUUUUGGAAAUAUAUACCAACAGAUUAAAAUCCUUCAUAUGUGGAUUCAUUUACAGAAAACGACAGAAGCGAAGAAUACUCUAUCUCUACAAUGAGACAACUCGGAGAAGAAUAGGAUUUUUGCGUUACAUGAAAUCAAAAAUCAUCAAAAAAGUCCGAGAACGAAGGUUGAAUGAAGAUCUUAAUGUUUGCGUUGUUGCCAGGGUGCGUUACCCGAAGUUAUUCGGUUUUUUGAAGAUUUUUGGAAUGGCGAGAAGAAAUUGUACAAUUUGCGAAGAACCUGAAAGACUUUUUGAUUCGCCAGGAAAAUAUUUUGUUUGUAGAAAUUUCGAUUGUCAUUUACUCUAUUGUGCAGAAUGUUGGCUUGAUAUUGGCGAAGAAUGCUUAGCGUGUAGUACAAUAGAAGCAGAAAGCAGUAAUCCAGAAGACGAAUCUGGGUACGAAGAUUGAUGUUAACUGAAAUAACUGAAUUCGUAUUCAAUGAAACGAAAAUCAACAUUAGGUUUCAGUAUAAUUUCCCUCAUUCUACAAUAGAAGAUGUCAUAUUGUAAUUAUCAUUAUAGGAUUUCACAAAUAUACUGUUUUGAAUAAU